AUGCCAAUUAUAAAAAAUUACCAAUCCAUCAUUGAUGAAUUCACAAAAAAUUCAUCGAAAAUUAAGUUUAUAUCACAUCUUGCAGCCAAAAGCCUUGCCAUAUCUAACACUAGCGACGACUAUAACAAACAUAAUGUUUUAUUCCUUGAUUCCUCUUUCAAUCCACCACACAAAGGUCAUAUUUCAAUAAUUGAAAAUGCCAUCAAUCACUACCAAAAAAAAGUGUGCCUGGGCAGCCCAAAUCUUAACACAAUUGUGUUACUGUUAUCUGUCAACAAUGCUGACAAGAUCCAUCCAAAACCAGAACUGUUUGAUAAGCGAUUGCAAAUGAUUGAUCUAUUAUCAAAAGAUCUAUAUAAAAUCAACGGAGAGAAUGUAUCGGUACUUAUUUGUCUUACGAAGCUAGCAAAAUUUACUGAUAAAUAUGAAGAGUUGAAGAAGUAUUUAUCGUUGCCUGACUCUGGUGAUGAUAUUGUGGUGAAGUCAUUGAAGAAGUUGCAAGAAGCGGAUCGCUUGAAUUUAGCAUUCUUACUAGGUUUCGAUACAUUGAUUCGGAUAUUUGACUCUAAAUAUUAUAAACCGAAAACAAUUGAUGAAUCCCUCAAUGAAUUCAUUCAAGGAUCGGAGUUGGUAUGUCUUGCAAGAGAUAAUGGGAAUGAUGAUAUAUUGAGCCAAGAGGCUUACAUCGAGUCUAUAAAAUCCGGAGAAAUUGAUGGAGUUCCAAAACAUUGGGCUUCUAGAAUUGUGAUUUUAAAUCCUAUCAAAGAUGAGAACUCCAAGUUUUUGACUACCGUCUCCUCCUCAGAAAUUAGAAAUUCAUUGGGAAGAUAUUACGGGAAUGAAGGUAAGAAUGAAGAUAUUGACGAAUUUUUAUCUAAAAGAACUAUUCCUAGUAUAAAAGACUGUAUUUUGAAAAACAAAUAUUACGACAAUUGA